AACACGUUUUGACACAACUGACAAACGUCAACGUUUGCUAUCCCUUACUAGUUCUUUUUCCGGUCGGCCAUUGCAGCGACAGUGAACGCAUUUCACUACGCCAAGAUGGGUAAGAUUAUGAAAUCUGGAAAGGUGGUACUCGUCCUUGGAGGACGGUACGCCGGUCGCAAGGCUAUCAUCAUGAAGACGUUCGACGACGGCACCCCUGACAAGCAGUUCGGUCAGGCUCUGGUCGCCGGUAUCGAUCGCUACCCACGUCGUGUUUCACGAAAAAUGAGCAAGGAGCGCCUCCACAAGCGCUGCAAGAUCAAGCCAUUCAUCAGGAUGCUUAACUACAACCAUCUGAUGCCAACGCGUUACAGCGUUCCAGACGUGAGCCUAGACAGCAAAGUUUCCGCCGCGGAGCUGAAAGAUCCGGCCAAGCGGAAGAAGGCUCGCCACCAGAUCCGUAUGAAGUUCGAGGAGCGACACAAGACUGGCAAGAACAAGUGGUUCUUCCAGAAGCUCCGUUUCUAAAUAACAAUACACACACCCACUGAAGUAAAAUGCGUGCGUGCGACGACGAAAAGAAGGGGGAAGAGAUAUGGCGAGUUUUUCGUUCGGUGUGAUUGCCGGAAUGUUCCGGCGCUGGUGUGGUGUGUUGGUGGCCGCAGUGUGUGGUGCAAAUCUGUAGUGUAUUGUGUUUGUACUGGGGCCGUAGCUUGCCGCAUGGGUUGCGUUGUUGGGUCCGCUAUAGCCCAACAAUGUGGCACAUGAUGGUGCCCCAUCAGCGUCGGACAGGGGAGAACAGCUAACAUCCGUUCUCUUUCACCGGUUGACACGAAAGGACUUACAAUAAAUUCGUGUUAUCUACUGGAAAACUAA